AUGGAUGAGCAGGAGCCAUGCUCUUUCAAUUUGCGCCUCAUCGAAGCAGUGCGCAAUAGCCGCUGUCUUUAUGAUGCCAAAGAUCGGCUCUAUCGCUCGUCCGAUCACAAAACAAGAGUUUGGAAUCGUAUUGUACAGACGCUACAGUUUGAUGGAUGGCAAUAUUUCAAGUAUCUAACAUUUCUGGAUCCGCAUAUGGUUGAUCGACAACAACAGCAGUAUGCUCGGGCGAAAGAAGGCAAAGGCGUUUUGUUUUCGCCUGGAGGGGUUUGUGAUGCGCGGACGUUGUACAAUCGCUGGAAACAGCUUCGUGACAAAUAUGGAAAGGAAAAAAAGAAAUUGAAGUACGGUGCUGAACAUACAGGGUGGCAAUAUUUCAAGUAUCUAACAUUUCUGGAUCCGCAUAUGGUUGACCGACAGCAACAGCAAUAUGCCCGGGCGAAAGAAGGCAAAGGCGUUUUGUUUUCGCCUGGAGGAUGGAUGUAUAUAGCUGCGGCCGUGGUCUUUAUGGUUAUAUCGAACGCAGCAGCAGCGGAGCAAGGUGCCGAGUAG